AUGACUCGCAAGGCCCAGGUAACCAUUGCGGCCUUGUCGACCUUGAUCAUUUAUGUCUCUCUGAACAGUUUAUUCCGCGCGUUCCGCCCAGCUUCCUUCGUAUGGUACGCUGAGGAUCGGGAGGAGGUGAGCUGGAUCGCAAGCUCGCGCUCCUGGUUCGAUCGCAAAAGCUGUCGUUGGCUUAGCAUCUGCGGCGCUGCACAUUUCCAAACGGCUCACGGCCCGUUCGGUGAGCGUGAGCCAGUUGAAAGGUCGGAGGAGGUCGACGAUACCAAACCCUGGCGGUCAUUCUGGCUUGGCGGGGCUAAUCAAUCAAAGUGGGAUGCUGACGAGCGGGCUAAGCGGGAGAUCCCCGACUAUGUUUUUGAUUAUGCCCCACUUGUUCAUCUUUACUCCGGGGAACAAUUUUGGCCCGGUGAUAUCGCGGAGCAUUUGUACCACACCACGCCGAUGCUCAAUUACACUCCUAUUCAGGCUCAAUGGGAUCAUCCCACUCUGAAAGACUUGAAUCAACUCAAUCAGUGGACUCCCCGCCAUGUCUACCUGACCAGCAACGAUAAUGUGCAGACCCGCCCGCCUUGGUUAGAAGGCGACAAGAAUAUUCCCGAGUCGAAAGGUGGGACGGAACAAUCAUGGGCUGAUUGGGAUGGUCGGGUGGAUGGCCAAAUUCCGGGUGACACGGAGGAGGAUCGGGCCAAAUGGUUUGACCUGAGUCAAAUUGAACGCACCCACGAUACACAAGAGUCGAUGCAAGAAUCUUCCACAGCACAAAAAUACAUCCAUAACGAGCUGCGAAGACGAUAUGAGGGCAAAAAGGUCGAAGCGCCUCUUCCGAACGAGGCCGGAGGCCGCAGCGACGCCCCCGCGAUUCUACUGGUGAUGGAUAAGGGUCAUGGAGUCGUGGACGCCUUUUGGUUCUUCUUCUACAGCUUCAACCUGGGAAACGCAGUCGCCAAUGUGCGAUUCGGUAACCAUGUCGGUGACUGGGAGCACUGCCUCGUGCGAUUCCACAAUGGCCAGCCCAAAGCCUUAUUUUUCAGCGCGCACACGGCCGGCGAAGCUUAUAGAUAUGAAGCAGUGGAGAAGAUCGGAAAACGGCCUGUCAUCUAUUCCGCCGAGGGGAGCCAUGCAAUGUACGCCACACCAGACGUGCAUCCGUACAUUCUUCCAUGGGGCCUUCUCCACGACGUCACGGACCGAGGCCCACUCUGGGACCCCUUACUCAACUCUCAUGCAUAUACAUAUGACUAUGCCAACGACACACUACGUGCAUCUACCACCACUCCCACAUCCCCCACAGAAUGGUUCUAUUUUGGAGGCCACUGGGGCGACAAAUUCUACCCACUUGGUGACACUCGCCAGUACCGUUUCGCUGGACAAUACCACUACGUGAACGGGCCUCUUGGUCCCCGGUUCAAACACCUCAAUCGGAUCAAGGUAUGCCAGGGUCCGGACAAGUCAACCUGCGUCAUCAAAGAUUGGAUCGGUGAACCUGGACGAAUACCCCGAUGGGCCUCCACUGGACCUGGAGAGUGA